GUGGACAUGUCCAAGCCUGUGAUCUCUCCGAUUCUCCUGACCAUCCUGCCGACCCUCUCGUGGUCCCUGUCCUUCAGCCAAGCACUGCGGAGGAAGAGCGCUGUGGAGAGACAGCAGCAGUCCUGCAUGAGGAUCUUCCACUGACGGCGGCAGCACUUGCAGCAUCCACUGGACCAGCAGCGCGCGCGCCCAAGUCCCCAUCACCAUGGCGGCGGGUGGCAGCUCCCCCACGGCCGCCUUCUUGCUAUGCCUGCUGCUGGGCUCAAUCUCCCUGCAGCUGGACACCGGAGGCACCGAGGAGGCGGCGGCGCAGAAAGCAGACAAUUUGAUGCAGGACGAGCGCUGGCGCGACGGCAGCCGCAGGACGGAGACCUGGAAGCCUUUCCGAGACGAAGUGGAGGAUGACUAUGUUCCAAAAGUGGAGGACAGCGCGACCUUGAAUGAGAACACGGACGGCACCAAGGACCCGUGUCGCAAUGUCAAGUGCAGCCGCUACAAGUUGUGCGUGGCGCACGCUUCCCAGAGGCCCGUCUGCGUCACUCGCAAGAAGCUCGAGCAAAGAAUCCAGAUGGCGGAGGAGCCGGGGAGGCGCGACGCCAACUGUCCCUCUUGUCCCCCUGCCGCCUCGGCACCCGUGUGCGGUUCCGACGGACACAACUAUGCCUCGCAGUGUAAGCUCCAGCAGCAGGCCUGCCUCACGGGCAAAGUUUUGAGCAUCAUGUGUGCUGGAUUUUGUCCCUGCGCCGCCUCCAUUCCCUCCGCCAAGGCCGAAGCCAAACCUGAGAGCUGCACAGGCGAGGCCCUGGCCAACUUGGGAAAGCGUCUCGGGGAUUGGUUCCAGUUGCUGCACGGAAACGCCAAACACAACAAGUCGGCCAAGCCGGCGGCCGCCACUGCCUCAGCGCUGGAAAGGAGCUUGCUGGCCAGCUGCAAAGACUCCAUGUUGUGGAUGUUCCUGAAACUGGACGCUGACGGCGACUUGCACCUGCGGGCUGGCGAGCUGGCCGCCGUCAACCUGGACAAGUACGAGCCUUGCGUCAGGCCGUUCUUCAAUUCCUGCGACAGCAUCAAGGACGGCAAAGUCUCCGUGGCCGAGUGGUGCCUCUGCUUCUGGAGGGAAAAGCCGCCGUGCCUGGCUGAGCUGGAGAAGAUCCAAGCGCACCACAUGGCCAAAAACAAGCCGAUACGCACGUACGUACCCACCUGUGACGAGGAUGGCCACUACAGGAAGUGGCAGUGCGAGCAAAGUGGCGGCGAGUGUUGGUGUGUGGACCAACAGGGCGGCAGCGAGGUAGCCGGCACCAGAAUGCGGGGCAACCCCGAAUGCGAUGAAGCGUUGGGAUACUCCGGCCAUUUCGGGAGCGGGGUGGGCUGGGAGGAUGAAGAAGAGAAGGAGGUGGAGGAGGAGGAAGAGGAAGAGGAGGAGGAAGAGGAGGAGACUGAUGAUGGAGGCUACAUCUGGUAGCAGCUGCCGCGGGGAGUCCAAACGGAGAGCCCCGUUCAGGGACAGCAAAGAUGUCAGCAAAGGGGUCUGGAUCAGGAGAGAUUCCCCAUGAGGAGGUGACAAGCAUUCUAUUUUUUUUUAUUUUUUGUCUUGGGUAUUGCUAAUCGCCUCAUUCUGUAUUCUGGACGUAUAAUAUGAACGGAGCAAAGUGUUAACAACACAGGCAACUGUUAACAACAUUGAAGAGUUAAAUAAAUGUGAAAUAUCCGGAUGGAAAAGAUUGCCAAUCUAUGUUAGCUCAGCAUAAAGACCCAAACACAAAUUUCUUUUGACGCGAAGCGUUAGCGUAUUUAUUUCCCGCAUCACCGAGUCCGUUUUUAAAUUAAAAAAAAAAAACAUUUUGAAUGGAAGCGUUAGAGCAUCACACGGGACCUUUGAAGUGUCGCUCAUUUGCAUACACGCCGUCCGUCCGCUGUACAAACAUUUACACGCCUCGUCCAUCCAUUCAGAUGCAUUUGAGGUAGACGCUAAAGUCUGACUUUGUAGCCACACAAUCAUUUAUUAGUAGCAAAAAAAAAAAACAGCUACGUUUAUUGAUCAAGAAUUGCACACGGAAUGUGAUUUAGUGUCAUUUUAUUUUUUUUUGUUGUUGACAAGCAUGAAAUGUCCACAAAAUGUAAAGUGAUGUCCCUUCCACGCCAUCCUUACUUAUCGUAGUAGAACCAUUUGUCGACUGAAA